AUGAGCCCUCACAUCUCCUCGGUCCUGUGGAGGCCCCACACCAAACAAACCUCCCCCCGCCCAUCCCCGUGGGUUGGCCGCCGCCCGUCAGCGCCUGUCACUGAAACAGCGCGGCCGCCUUCGUCUCUCUCCCUCCGCUGUCUGCUCGCACGUCCCCCCGUCCCGUCAUGGGCUCCUCAGAGAGCGCGCUUACCGCCCGCGCAGACAGCCGCCGUCCCCGCUGCCGCCGCAGCCGCCGCCGCUGCGGGUGGCAGCGCGGCCCGGGCCGAUGGGGCGACGCGGCCGCCAAAAGCGAAGACGGACGAGGCCGCCUCGCCCGCCGGCGGCGGCGGCGGCUUCCCGGCACUGGACACGAACUCGGCCCGCCGCGCUCUGCGGCUGAAGGACGCGAGCGGCCUGCGAGGCGGGCGGUCCGUGUCGCAGCAGCUGCUGUUCGCGAUAGGCCGCGAGUACGGCGUGCGCAACCUGCUGGACGAGGCCCUGGGACGUGGCCGCGUCGCCCUGCCGCUCCGGGAGAUCCUCGGCCGCUGCAGGAGCGUGGAGCUGGACCGGGUGCAGAUGAGGGACGUGGAAGAGGCGUUGAGCAGCUUUGACCUGGAGCUGGAGGGACGCGUGGACAUACAGGCCCUGUACGGGGCCAUGAUGCUGGCGUACGAGACGACGUCGCUGGGAGAGAAGGAGCGCGCCAUUGCCAUGCUGAGCCGCGCCACCUUCUCCACCGGCCUAGUGGACGUGUACGGGAAGGACUGCACCACCACGUUCCGGGAGGAGCUGGUGGGGCGCAUGGCGCAGGCCCUGUGGCAGCACCGCGUGCCCGGCGACCACGUGGCUCCCCGCGGCCCUGGCUCUCAGUGGGCCCCGGCCACGGCCGCCGAGACGCUGUGGCUCGUGCGCUCCACGCUGGUGCAGGAGACCUUGGCGCAGGCCGAACUCGACCAGGCCGAGGAUGAUGCUUGGGCCAAGUUAAUGGAAGGGGACGGUGACCCUAGCGCCGACGAUGAUGAUGCUUCCACCGCUGGUGCUGGGAGGAGGAGAGGGAGGAGGCUGCUGACCCAGUGCUUCAGCCGCCUGGAGGCUUCGUGCAACAACUUGACACUGGACAACCUGACGGAUGGGACACUGCAGACCUUUUGGAAGACUGAGCAUAGCUUAUCCAUCGGGAUGUGGCCGUGGCCCGGUGUGGUGCUCACGCGCCUGGCCAUCGGCGUGGUGGCAAGCGACGGCUCCAGCAUACCGGCCAAAGUGGAGGUGCUGGCGGGAAGACCGGGGCGCCUGGAGCCCGUCACCUCCACGCUCGUCCCCUUUGCCAGCACGGGCUACGUGGAGUUACUGCAGGGGAAGGAGAUCACCGCAGAGGUGGUGAAGCUGGAGAUAGUGCAGAACUCAUUCCCGGAGGGCCGCAUGAGGGUGCGAGGGCUGCUGGUGGGGGGCCACAUGGGGGGCCCGGGCCCCCUCUCCAAGGCCAUCGAGGCUGUGACAGCACACUGUGUGGUCACGCUGGCGCUUCAGGCGUCGCAGAGCGCCGAACAGAGCAUCGACGCUGCCCACGCACUUGCCACCCAGCUCCGCUCGGCGCUGCGGCAGCUGCCUCCGCUCGCGCUGCUGCCGGCCAUGGACCUUGCGCCAGACGACGCCGUGGCUUCCGCUCUGCACCGACUCGGCGAGCUGCUCCGCACGUUACACAGGCGCCGUCCCGACGGGGAGGUGAAGCUGGAUGUGCUGGCGCUGGCGCUGGCGCGUGGCAACGUGGCCCAUGCGCUGCAGGGACUGGCGCUUGUGGUGCAGAGCGAGCGCCAGGAGUUGGACGCGGGGUGGGCGCUUACGGCGCUGCGCUCCGCGUUGGCCGGGCACACUCGUCGCGUCUGCAACCCCCUGCCUCUACGGCUGCUUUGCUGGUCAUUUGGGGACAGUGGCCCGAUCUCGGACACCGACGACCUCCUCAUCGGACCUCUCAACGUCGGAGCGCUACAGGCAGGCGAGCAGGACAUGGCAGCCACGGUGCUGCUCGCCGCUCCUCAGGGCUUCAGGGCCCAGGCCGUGCGCCUGCACGUCCAGAUCACGGCCAACGACUACGGCUACCCGGGGCUGUGCCUGGUGUUUGCGCUCGACGGUGCGGACGGCCCCGACGGCGGCCCGCUCUCGGCCGCGGAGCUGCUGCAGCGCUACUCGGAGUGCGACGCGUGGAAGCCCGCCGCCGUGACGGACGCCUCCAGCAAGAGGGAGCAGGGCGUGUGGCCGUACAGUGAUCUGAUUGGCUGGACCGUGGUGCGAGAUUCCUUCACCGACUCUGACAUAUACGUGGAGCUGGAGAUGCCCCUACCCAAGAAGUUCAUCCUCAUCAAGUACCUGUGCCCGCACGGUAGCACGGGGAUCAAAGUUCAGGGGUCACGGCUCCACGGCUCCCUGAGGUCGGAGAGUGAGUGCUGGCCGCUGGGACCGCCAGGCUGGGUGGACGGGAGGCCCCUACGGAGCGCCGAGCUCGUGGAGGCCACGCUGAGGUUCCUGCUGCUGGUUCAGGACGACCUGGGCGCCAUGAGUGAGCGUGACCCCUGCCCCUUCCUGGACGUGUCUGACCUCACGAUUGAGCCCUUCUGGCUGCUCUACAGCAAGCUGCUGCCCAGCCACUCUGCGGAGAGCACCGCAGCUCGCAUCAUCCUCCUCCGCCUCCUGCGCUGCCUGGCGCCCGUCCUGGCUACCCACGAUCUCGCGGGGCCCGACAAAGGGGCGGCACGCGCCUGCCUUGCCGAGUUCUACCGGCACCUGUGCGACGCUGUGGACAAGGCGGCGUUGCCGCCUGGGAAGCCGCAGGAGGAACUGGCGAAGAACGAGGGGCCACUGAAGGAGCUGCAGGCUGCGGAGCGGCGGCAGGAGGAGGAGACGCUGGGCGAUGCCACCGCUGUUUUCUUCCCGGGGGAAGAAGCGCGAGAGAAGCUCUUCACGAUGCUGGGUGCCCCAUCGCGGGACGAGGAGCGGCUGCCCAAGUCCGUGUCGCUCACCCUGCGCUCCCUCUGCAGUCGCUUCAGCAGGUUUCCCGAGUUGCUCUGCCCACUGCCUCCCCCAUCGGCGACGCAGUCCCAACGCUCGGAGCCACUGCUGAGGGUCAUCCACACGCUCCUCGACCUCGCGCAGGCACAGCAGGAGAGCGGGCGCCGCUGGCACGAGCCAUCCGCCCUGCUGCAGCUGCUGGUGGAGGUGCAGCGCCAGCACAUGAGCUGGUGCCACCUGGCGCUCAAGGGCGGCAACCAAGGGGUGGCCGAUGUGGCCCGGGCUGUGAUGCUGGCGUACGUGAAGAGGCAGGUGGUGAUGGCGGUCGCUUCUCUCACCGCCCUCGCUGCUUUGCCCUCGGACCGAUUCGCGGACUCCGUGAGCCACCUCCAGCACUCGUUUGUUGCCGUGGCAACCAGGCACCUGCUCGCAUUCCUGCUGGAGCUGGUGGAUCUGGAAUUCUCGUGCACGCUGCAGCAAGAGCUGAUGCCGUUGGUCACCUGCCUGUUUGAUCUGGCCAAUCGGCACAAGGGAUACUUCAAGGAGUGUGAGGAGCAGGAUGCUGGUGGUGGUGGCGGUGAGUCGGUGGUGCUGGGCCGCUGGCUGGUGGAGUUCCCCACUAACGCCGCCACGUUCCUCUGCCCCGGCGCCCACUCCUUCACCAUCGAGUUCGACAAACACUCGCCCACGUAUUGGAACAGUUGCAUGGAGUUCAUGGACGGCCACGGCGCGUAUCUGCGCUUCUCCGACAAUUACAACGAGGAGCAGCUGCUGAUGGGGGUGACGAUGAAGUGCGGGCCCACGCUGGUCUUUCAGCAGCACGGCAGCGAGAUGUACUACCGCUUCACGGUGACGGCUCGUGGGGCACCGCACCACCGGCCCGUGCCCUGGCUGCACGAUCUGCACCUGCUGAGCCUGCGCCUGCUGGGCAGGCUGCACGGAGCGGAGGUCGCCACCACGGUGGAGAGGGCCCCAGCAGCUGCCGGCGAGAGUGGGAAGCAGAUGCCGUGCAUGCUGGGAGCUCUGGGCGCGACGUACUGGUCGGAGGCGCUGCACCUCGCGGGAGUGGAAUACACGGCCGCUCCGGCGGACAAGCAAGUUCACGAGCUGCUGCUGGCGCUGGCGUCGGCGCACGGCUCCAAGGCGGCGCUGGCGCUGCUUUCGGCGUGCGAGGGGGGUGCCGCUCGUGGUAGCGCUGGUGGUGCUGGCGCCACCGACACCAUCGAGGUGGCCACGCGCGCCGUCCUCGCGGCGUUGCUGCACCACACGCGGCCGCUGCAGCAGCAGCUCGCACCGUACGCAGCGGGUGAGGUGGCGCCGGCGGUGGUUACCGAGGACCUGCGCUGGAUUUACGCUCAAGCCCGCACCGUCCGGAGCUGGCUGCUGGCACAGAGGCAGGAUAGCAUUGUGGAGCUUGUGGAGGAGAGUGGCGUGGAGGAGGGUGGCGAGAAGGAGGGUGGCGAGAAGGAGGAUGCCAAGAAGGAGGGUGGCGAGAAGGAGGGUGGCGAGAAGGAGGGUGGCGAGAAGGAGGGUGGCGAGAAGGAGGAUGCCAAGGAGGAGGAUGGCGAGGAGAAGGGUGGACAGAAGUUGGACUCCUUGGCCGAAAUAUCCAUCCGCAAAUGCCUCUUCCUGCUGAAACUGCCGCCCGUGAACUUCGACCCCAGCUGCGAUUUUAUUUCGGGCGUCCGUAAUGCCGCCGAAGACUCGUGCGAGGACUCAGCCUCGGGCAGUGCAGGCGCUGCCCACGUCCGCCCUGCCGUCCGCGAGGAGAGCCUCUACCCCUGGGUUGGUGACAUCCUGGCCUUCGUCAAGGACAAGAAGGCGACCCCGGACGGUGUGCUGCAGGCGGUGACACAGCAGGCAGCCUUGGCGCAGAAACGCGCGGCGUCCCUGGCGCGCGUCAAUGGCAGCCUGCGCUCGGCUCUCUACGAUCUCGAGAUGGUGGCCCCGGCGCUCGCCUACCUGCAGGGCCUGCUUGCUCAUCAGCUCGCGCUGCCGCGGUACCCACUUGAGGGGGUGAGGACGUGUGGGCCGGAGCUGGCGGCCGCCAUGCAGGAGCGGUACCGCGAGCUGCUCGGCACCCUCACGCAAACGCUGCGACUGCCAUCGCUGCACGCCGACAGCUCGCGCGUGGCGCUGGCUACGGCCGCCCUGCACCUGCUGUGCCUCGACUGGGAGCCCAGCGAGGCCUCGCUGCUCAUGGAGGCCGAACUCCCCGAGAUCCUCGUCGGCAUCGCCCUCGGGACCACCGCUACCGUCCUCUCGCUGCCAUGCGAGUCGGCAGACGCAGCGGAGGAGCUGGCUGCCUGGGAGAAGGAGCAGCGCUGGCUCCAGGAGUUCUCGUCCGACAGCGCCGAUUGGCUCCGCCAACUCCACGAUGCCAAGCCGGACAAGUGCAAGAAGGCGUUUCUGGUGAAGUACGGGGAGCGGCUGCACCGCGAGACCCUCUGCAGCGCGUGCCGUUCCCUGCCGCUGCACGGCUGCUUCCGCUGCCUGCAGUGCACCGACUGCACCCUGUGCAUCGACUGCUUCGUCGGCGGGGUGAAGCCCAGCGGCCACGACUCGUCGCACGAGCUGCUGCGCCUGGAGGCGGCGUGCGCGUCGUGCAGGGGCCUCCUGCUGCGCAGCCGCGUCUCCUGCUUCUCCUGCCCCGGCCUCUUGCUCUGCCUGGGCUGCCAGACCCACAGCAAGUUCCCUCCUGGGCACACGGCGCAGCACGCGGUGGACACGGAGCACUCCGCGGUGUUCCUUACGAGCGACGAGUCGGGCUGGCCCUACCUGCAGACGCUCGCCUGGCAUGCGCUCUCCGUGCUCGCGCUCAGGGGCACUCCCAGCGGCUUCGCCUCCCGGCUCCCCGCGCCCUCCGCCCGCUGUGCUCAGCUCCUCAUCCAGCGCUUGCGCAGCACGGGCGAGGAGGAGGAGGAGCACGGGGACGAGGCGGCGGCACUCGUGCGCCAGAGCCGGCAGCAGAGGAUUCUGGGACUGCUGGCAGCCAUGUUGCCACCACCCACGGAGCCGCUCCCCGAGGCGCUGUCUCCGCUGGUGCCGCUGCUGCUCGACGCGGUGUCCCCCAGGAGCGGCUGGCGCUCGGGGCCCGGGCUUCCCCACAUGGCGCUGGCGCUGCUGGGACGCACGCUGCCCUUCGUGGCGCCGGCGCAGGCCGACUCUGCCACGGCGGUGAGGGCGGCGGCGGCAGCGACGACGACGGCGCAGUCGGCCGCGCCGUCGCCGCCGGACGGAUGGGCGGCCCUCGCUCACCUCAUCGGCCUGGGGGCCACCGUCACCAACGGGACUGGCCGGCUGGACUGGGCUAGCGCCAUCACUGCUAUUCUACACGCGCUCGCAGCGCAGCCCCGCUGGAGCCCAGCGCUCUGCUCGUUCUGCAGCGACCGUCUCUCGUGUCUGCCCAGCGACCUCUCCUGGGACAACAUCAGCUACCUGCUCUUAACGGCCAUCCCGAGCGAGCUGCGCGUGCUGGGUUUGGGCGUGCGAGCCCAGCGGGAGGACGCGAGCGGCCAUCGGCAUGACGUCGUCGCGGUCAGGCGUUUCACGGAGAAGCGGGAGAGCGUCGUAGUGGAUUGUCGCACGCGCCUCUUCUGCAAGGUGGACGACGACUCGCUGAAGCUGGCGCCGCAGGGACGGGCCCCGCUGGACGUGGUGAUGGCGGCGCCGGGCGUCAGCGAGCACACCGAGCGGCUCCUCCUCUUCACCGGCAUCGCCGGCCUCCUGCUGCAGCGGGCCGGCAAGCCGCCCUCUCUGCCGCAAAGGAUUGUGGGAGCGACGGAGGGGGUGGCGCUGAGCUACAACGAGUCCCUGGUGCUGGCCCUGAGCCUCAAGGCAAUCCUGCACCUGCUGCAGAGCUCACAGGACGGUGAGGCGCAGGGCGAGGCACUGGCCGCCAUCUUCCGAUCCAGCCUCCUGCCGCAGCUGGGGCCGCUGGCGCUGAGGGGCACGGGGUUGAGCUCGGCCUGGCUCCUGCCCGAGCUCCAGAUGCUAUCCCUGAUGCAGUACCUCGGAGAAGGAGACCCCAGUGAAGGGGGGGACCCCGGUGUAGGGGACCCCGGUGUAGGGGACCCCGGUGUAGGGGAUCGCGGUGUAAGGGACCCCGGUGUAAGGGACCCCGGUGUAAGGGACCCCGGUGUAAGGGACCCCGGUGUAAGGGACCCCGGUGUAAGGGACCCCGGUGUAGGGGACCCCGGGAAUUCUCCAGUGACCCCCUCGGCCCAGCCUGCGGAGGAGCAGGAUCCCAAGGGGAGACCACAGGGAGAUGGGGUGGAGGAGGAGGAAGACGAUGAGGAGGUGGACAGUGCUGGUGCGAGUCCUGAAGACCCCCUGGAGAACCUGCCGGAGCCCACCAAAGUCUUACUCAAGCUGUGCCGGGAUUCUCUGGGCGCCGAGCCGCAUGACCUGCGAGCGCUGUGGGAGCGCCACUCCGGCCCGCUCCACUCGUUCGCACUCGAGCUGCACAAACAGUUGGGGGGCUCAUCGCUGACGGGGGGGGAGGAGGAGGGCAUGGCGCGGGCGGCUCCUGUCGAUGCCUCGGCCCCCCAGGUGCCCUGGGAAACCCACUUGGACCGCGGCGCCGUGGUGCUGCCCGCCAAGCCGGUGCCGGGGGUAUGCCGCCGGGUGGUGCCCUACAACGCCGUGGCGGCCGUGCCGGUCGCGGUGUGCAGUGAGGAGCCGGUGCUCACCGCGACGGCGGGCAAGAUCGUCCGCCAGCGCAGCGCCCAGCUCCUGCAGCAGGCCCUGCAACCACGCAAGGGGGCGACUUCGGGCUCCACCGCGGGGUCCUCCCGCUCGCAGAUCACCCACGCCUUCGCCACCCUGUGCGCACGUCACAUGAUCUCGCACCUGCUGUGCCACUGGUCGGCCUUCGGGGUCCGAGCCGUUCACGAAGCGCUGGGAUUGGCCGAGCCGAGUCACAUGGCCUACCUGCUCGAUAUACUCCUGAAGCAAGAUGGCCCGGAGAAGCUUCAGAAGAUACUGGAGGAGGUGGUGCCACACUGCGACCCUCCCCUGCUGGAGGCCCUGGCGCUUACUGCCGCUCGCUUCCUGGCGGAGCCCGUGGUGGUGCAGCGCAUGCGGGAAUCGCCGCACCCCUACCCAAGCGAGUACAAGCGUGAGGAGAGUCUCUACUUCCCGGGGGCGGCGUUCCUGUCAGUGUGCCUGCACCCGUGCUGCAGCACUGGCUCCACCAACGACCAGCUCAUCGUCUCCACCGUGCCAACCCACGACCUUCACCGCCACGAACGCUGCGGCCCCGCAGACUACUGGGAGCCCUUCAGCAUCGCCGGGGACAUGCUGUGCUACAAGUUCACAGGCAGCCGGCAGCAGGACUGGGGCUAUCAGUUCACGGUGGUGGCCAAGUCCUACGGACUUUUCUACGCAGGCUUCGCCAUCCUGCGAGCGGUGGCGCCGCUGGUGCCCCGAGUGGCCGGCGAGCUGUGGGCCUGGGUGGCGGCCGCGGCGUGCGGCCACACGGGCGAGCAGCGGCUGCAGGCCGUGCACCUCCUGCAGGGGCUGCUGGAGAUGCUGCAGCACGAGCGAGGGACCUGCCACCUGCUGCACCUGCGCCCGCUCUGGAGCUUGCUGUUGGAGCUGGAGGAGCGCGGCACGGGGGACGGCGCCGGCUGGGAGCACCGGGAGCAGGAGGGGAGCGUGCCGCUGAGGCGCAGGCUGCUCCCCCAGCUGCAGAGGGCGCUCACCGAUCUGUUCUACAUGGCCGAGAGAUGCGCCCUGGAGCAAGGCGUCGAGGAGGAGUACCUGCGCAUCAUCUGCGCGGAGGAUUCUGCCAAACCCGGCGACGUCGCGACCACGACCUCCGCCACAACCGCCGUGGCAUCAUCGUGAAGAGGCAUCGUGCUGCGUGCACCCCCCCCCCCCC